AGUACUAACUAGCGAAGGUGAAGGUGCACUUCACUAACUGAGUAAAUACUAUGUAGCUGUUGAGAAACAGUGAAGAAGGUUUAUUUACUCAUUGUUUGUACAUUUCUUAAACUAUAUGGAACAAUAUAAAAACUAGCGCUGGAGAUUCUUUUGACACGAAAUUAACAAACCUGAGGGUGUAAAAUGUCACUUAGUAGGAAAAAUUGGAGUGCUCUCUCCAGUCUGGCAAGGCUAAGAUCAAUGGAGGAUGAAGAAGAAUUUGAGAAAGCUCGUCGGCGCCGAACUCGAGUGACCAGUUCAUCACCAGAUAAUGAAGAUGUUCUUGAAGAGCAAUAUACAUCCGAAAACAGCUCUCAGCUAAAUGAACAAGAAGUAACGACUACACAUGCAGAAGAAUCAGAAAUUGAAGGAGAAAGCAAGAGUGAGCAAGAGAAUGAAAACAAGAAGCCAGAAAUGAAGGAGGUUCCCACCAAAACACUGGAGAAACAAACAGAGGACCAUUACAGUAGGAGACCUAGUGCAAGUAGUUUGAAGGAAAAGGAGACCAACAAUGGAGCAGCCAGCAUGCAGAAUAAUUCUAAUAUAGACAAUACUGGCCAUCAACCACCUCUCAGUCCUUUGCAUACUACACGGGCCUUUAUCAGUUUAGGAAAGGCCAAAGGAGAAAAAAGCCCAACAAAGCUGAAAAAGCAGCCCAGCCUGGAAAGUAAUGCAUGCCCUCGGGUAGAGUGUAGCAGUACAAAGGCUGAAAGUGAUUGCCACAAAUCUCAGACAAAGUCAGCAAACAUUAAAGGAAAAGAAGGAGAAGGACAUGCGAAAUUGCAGGAAGAUGCAUUCAAUCAAGAAACCAAGAGUAAUGCAAGACCACAGGAUGAGAAAUCGAGAGUACAACAGAAGAAAAAGGAAAAUAUCCCUGAUUGUUCCAGCACAGACAGCAGCCCUUUCCGUCGUUUCUCUCCAAGAGCUGCAUCAUUCAGAGUAACAAAUCCCGAGGUGAAAAGCCAAUCAUUGCAAAGAAGUGCCAGUUUAAGGAUUCCAGCCCGAUCUUCACCAGGAAAAAUUGAUGGCAUACUUGAGAAGUAUGCAAAGGCAAUUGAGAGAAGUGACAGCGUCAAAUCAAAGUCAUCCCCUUCAGAUUACCUGUCCUGGCCACUGGAAGGUGUUGCAAGCAAGCGCUGUGUGUUUGAAAAAGAAGACACACAAAAUAGCAGUUCUCGAUUUCUAAUGACCAGAAAGGAUAUUCGACCAGGUGAUGUAGCUAGUAAACGGAGCCUCUGGGAGAACAAAGCUGAUUCUGUACAAAAGUUGCAGGAUCACCAGUUUUUCAGCAAGAACGACAAUCAAAGAGUAACACAUCAAACUGAAAAAAGUUACAGAAGUGGAGUCAAGCUAAAGCAGCAAAUAUAAUUCUCUUGAAGAUGAUAAACGUCUUAACACAAGCUUGACUAAUUGAGCUAACUUCAAUAGAAAUGAUUUCCCAGAAAAUAAUAAUGUUUUAAUAAAGGGUAUUCAGCUACUUUUAAAACAGUUGUGUCAAAAAAUGCAAUUUGUUAAUUAAUUAAAAUCAAGUUCCUGUUUAAACCAUUAAGGGAGUAAAUUAGGUUCAACCUUUGUAAAGUAAGAUGCUUUAAAUUUUGCAAUUUUUAUGGUUGAGAAUACAAUAUCAUGUUCACUCCAUUUCAAUAUUUUCCUUGAAAAUAAAUGUUUAA